GAAAAGUAUAAAGAAAUCCGGAUCGAUAAGUACGAUGAUCUAUCACGUGUGGACUGCUUCGAUCGUUCAACGUGAUCCGAAAUAUUUCUGAAAUAAGCUUACAAAAGCAAUGGAGCAUAUAUUAGCUACCAUGCGAUAAUACGCUCGUCCAUGGUCCCCAUACAGCUGCUUUAGUUCAAGAAGAAAGGUUCCCAAGUCAAAGUUGCACGUCUAAACCAUCCCUGUUACAUUAUCUUCGGCUGCUAAACUGUUAUAGACAAGUUGGCUUAAAUAUGCGUACCAAAUACAAACCACAAACACCAAACAAGAAGAUAGUACCACGGCUUAAGGCCUGUCCAGAAUGUGGUACAAAUUGUCCUACUGCAUGUCGCAGCUGCAAAAAUGAAAACUGCUCAUACAUUUUUGCAAAGAAGGUCAAGUCGAACCAUGAUGCUAUUGAAAAGAAAGGGACAACCAACCCAACCAAUCAAAAAGACAUGAUGUAUUAUAGGGCAGACGUCCUGCAUCAGAAACACCAAAAUGACAUUGUCAUUUUGACAUUUAAAAAACAUGGUCUGGGCACAACAGUAGAGUGCUAUGGCACAGAAGGUGCCGGUGCAGCCUUUGUUGGGCACGAGGGAGAGAAGCCUGCCCAUGAACUUGGGAAAAUGGUUAAGAAAAUGUUUGAGACGUUUAUGGAAGAAUACAGGAAGAAAAACAGGGUACCUGAUCCAGAACCACCACAACCCUUCAGUUUUCAAGAUGGUGCAACAGGUGGACCAAUGCUAGCCGCACCUUCAACAGCUAUGCCACAUGCUGCUGCUGCCACUCCAUCUAGCACAACACAAGUGCCACCAGCACCUACAACAUCUGGGCAACAGCCACCAGCACCUACAACAGCUACGCCACAGCCAACAGCACCUACAACAGCUACGCCACAGCCAACAGCACCUACAACAGCUACGCCACAGCCAACAGCACCUACAACAGCUACGCCACAGCCAACAGCACCUACAACAGCUACGCCACAGCCACCAGCACCUACAACAGCUACGCCACAGCCAACAGCACCUACAACAGCUACGCCACAGCCAACAGCACCUACAACAGCUACGCCACAGCCACCAGCACCUACAAAAGCUGGGCAACAGCCAACAGCACCUACAACAGCUACGCCACAGCCACCAGCACCUACAACAGCUACGCCACAGCCACCAGCACCUACAACAGCUGUGCCUCAGGCUACUGCUACUCUUUGUAGCACAACAAAAUCUACUUUGUCAGCAUCAGCAUCCCCACCGCCCUUCACUGUCACAUCUAAAACAGAUACGGUAAUGUAUAAAAAGGAUGAUAUCUGGUUGGCUGCUGGGAUUUUGAUGCCACAUUUAACUACCCUCCAUGGCCAUGAAAUCCCCCCGAACCAUGUGUGUGUUCAGCUCACAUCAGUCAAGGAUAACGUGGAAGCCCCUCUUGUUUUAGGGAAUAGCGUGGAGAACAGAUAUUUGCAAAAGGGGAUGUUCUUUGCUCUACCAAAGGAUUCCUUGUGUAAAGCAGUAAUGGUAGGCCUGAACAGGUUAGCUUUACAGAAAUUGUGUUGAUGCACUAAACGUUUCUCCAGCAAAUCAUGGUGCCCCUGUAAGUUAUGACUUUGUUGGGUUUUAUUUGGCUGUAUAUCAAAUAAACCUCCAUACAUUACCUGGCUAUUUGCGCACUUACUCUCAAAUGAUGCUUUGCAAGUUUAGGAGCUACAUCGGCCAUCAUCCACGUGUUGCUGGAGAAACGUUUGCUAAAACAGGUGUUAGAUUUACCACUUGGCUUAAAUUGCACCCUAGUUCCCAAAGUUGUGUGAGGAACUUAACGAUUUCCGCAUAAAAAAAGUUUUAUAGCAGUUUUCCCCUAACCUUUUGCGCAAAAACUGGCUAUAAAAUCAUCUUGAGAAGGAAAUCGAGAAUUAUAUCCAGAUAGACAUAUUUAUUUCGCACUUCUAGCAAUGUUCAUAUAGUAUAUCGUUAUGUAUUUGAGGGAGCAGGCCCCCUGGAAUAACUAUUCAGCUAACGGAGCCAGGGCGCUCAAAGUUGGUGUUUCAUCUUCAUAUUUUUUAAAUAUUUAUUCAUCGGUGACUAGGGUGCAAUUUAAACAAAGUGAUAAAAUCAAAACGUUUACCGCCAAGAAAUCCCGAAUCGGACUCCAUACCUCUGUUUUUCAUUAAAAAAAUAUAUAUAUAUGAAAAAUAAUUAGAAAUUGAUGCACAAAUUUACACAUCCGCGUAAUUGUAUCUAUAAAGAUUGUUGUGGAAACCACUCUAUAUCUACAUUUUUAAAUUAGCCACGUACUCUCUGAUUGUCCCUUAGUAAGGUGAUUAUUUAUGAUUCUGAGACAGCUUAGAUACAAGAUAUAUUUUUACAAAAAUGUAAUAAAUUCAUUAUAUAAAUUUAUUUUAUUUUGUACAGGUAGGGGCUUUUACAUCAGUUACAGUUAUUACAUUUUGAUGUCGCUGUCAAUUUUUUCACUUAUCAAAGUGAUUAUUUUCUGAAUAUUUAACAGCAGAGAUUCAAGAUGCAUAUAUCAUAUAUUUUUAUAAAAAUCAAAUUAUUUAAAUUUCCGAAAUAAUUACUGCUGUUUUCUCAAUUCUGUGAACUCUCACAUGUAGCACUGAGGCUUAGUGACGUAAGGCAGGAGGUGGGUUUAACAUUGUAAAUCAUUAGCGAGAAUUCGCAGAAUCAUGGAAACUGCAGUAAAUUAUCAAUUUUUUUAAGCUUUACUUAUGGAAGAACACUUUUUAUGAACUUAUUUUUGCAAAUGCGCGAGUCCCUUUCCCUUUUAUAUCAUUUAUACACCUGCCUGUUUUAGACUUCUUCUCUCUUGCAUUUGAAAAGUGGAACAAACUUUCUGCAUUUUAACAAAGAGCUCUCAGAACAAAAAUGGUGACCAUUUGCCAACUUCAACUCAAAUUAUUUGUACCUAGGGUUUGAGCACCAAUCUAUGGAGUGCAAAAUAUUUAUAUUGCCAUUAAACUAAAAAAACGUUUCUGUGAUUUCAUGUAUUGGGAUGACAAAGGCAGCGAAGUAUUACAUUGCCGCGGUGCAAUUUUGACCAUGAACCACCAUUCUCCAAAAUGAAAAGUGUUCUCCUUUUUUAAAAAAAAUUGUAAUGGUUUUUAUUAUUUUUACAGAGAGAGAUAUCUAUAUUGAAGAGUUAUUUUUAUAAAACUAUUUAUAAAUAUGUCAUAAAAUUCACAGAACACAUUAUUAAAAUAGUACUUUAUUACAAUUUUAUUUACAAAUUCCUUCAAAUAUCUAGUUUUGUUGACAUUAAAUAAAAAGUAAAAACAAA